UGUCAGCCAGACACGAGCAGUAAUUCUUCCGCUCUGCUCCGCGCUGAUUAGCCCUCAGCUGGGGACGUAUGUGCCAAAGACCUUCCAAGCGGGUACCACGCCAUGCCAAGCCACCCCCGCUCGACGCCUGGCUUCAGAGUGGGCUGCGAAAUCCCCGUUCCAUCGUGUUCAGCCUCCUUGCCAGAGCGCACCUGGGCAAGGGACGCCCGCUCAGCUUGACAGCAGCUGGCACGGAGCCCUGGGCCCUGCCCGCCCGGCAGGCGAGUCAGUCGGCUCCGAAUCCCGCCCCUUUCCCUGCUGAGAAGUCAGUCGUCAGGGCACCCGAAAAGUCAUUCGGUGCCAGUGCAGCCAGGAGCACCUUGUUCCCCCCGCGCCCGAGCGAGCGACAUGGAGAUCACCGCGGCCACGCUGCUUCUGCUGCUCCUCGGCCUCUCCUGCCUGGUCGUCCACCUCCGCGGGAAGGGCCAGCGGAAGGGGGGGUGUUUGCCCCCGGGCCCCCGCCCGCUGCCCCUGCUGGGGAACCUGCUGCAGCUCGAUACCAAGGACAUGGCCAAAUCCCUUCUCACGCUAAGCGAGCGCUACGGCCCCGUCUACACCCUCCACCUGGGCCCCCAGCGGAUGGUGGUGCUGUGUGGCUACCAGGCAGUGAAGGAGGCCCUGCUGGACCAGGCCGAGGCAUUCAGCGGGCGCGGGGAUCUGCCUGUGGUCUUCCGCUUCACCCAAGGAAAUGGCAUCGCCCUGAGCAACGGGGAGAAGUGGAAAGUCCUGCGGAGAUUCGCCCUGCAGACGCUGCGGAACUUCGGCAUGGGCAAGCGGAGCCUGGAGGAGCGGAUCCAGCAGGAGGCGCAGUGCCUGGGGCAGGAACUCGCCCACACGCAAUCCGCGCCCUUCGACCCCACCUUCCUCAUCAGCCAGGCCGUCUCCAACGUCAUCUGCUCCAUCGUCUUCGGCGACCGCUUCGACUACCAGGACGGGAGCUUCCUCACCUUGGUCGGCCUCAUCAACCAGAACUUUCAGCUUCUCAGCUCCCCGUGGGGGCAGAUGUACAACAUCUUCCCCGGCCCCAUGUCCUGCCUGCCGGGGCCUCACAACAGGAUCUUCGAGAACUUUGAGCAGCUGCGGCAAUUUGUGCUGGAGCGGGUGAAGAUGCACCAGGAAUCCUUUGACCCCAACUGCCCCCGUGACUUCAUCGACUGCUUCCUCCUCAAGAUGGAGCAGGAAAACCAGGACCCGCUGAGCUACUUCCACAUGGAGACCCUGGUGAUGACCACGCACAACCUGUUCUUCGCGGGCACGGAGACCGUCAGCACCACCCUGCGCUACGGCUUCCUGCUCCUCAUGAAAUACCCGGAGAUCCAGGCCAAAGUCCAUGCUGAGAUCGACCAGGUGAUCGGGCGGCACCGCAGCCCGUCGGUAGAGGACCGGAGCCGCAUGCCCUACACCGACGCCGUGAUCCACGAGGUGCAGCGCUUUGGCGACGUGAUCCCCAUGGGGAUCCCGCACGCGGUGACCCGGGACACCCACUUUAGGGGUUUCCUGCUCCCAGAGGGCACCAACGUGCUCCCGCUGCUGUUCUCUGUCCACAACGACCCUGCCCAGUUCAAAGACCCGGCCACAUUCGACCCGGCCCAUUUCCUGGACCCGAGCGGAGGCUUCCGGAAGCAUGACGCCUUCAUGGCCUUCUCCGCAGGGAAGCGGGUGUGCCUGGGCGAGGGCUUGGCCCGCAUGGAGCUCUUCCUCCUGUUCACCACCGUCCUGCAGCGCUUCGCCCUCACGCCCCUCAUCCGCCCGGAGGACAUCAACAUCUCACCCCUGAUGAGUGGCCUGGGGAACAUGCCGCACCCCUACGAGUUCCGGGCCGUCCCUCGCUGAGCGAGCCGCCGCCCCAUCCCGCCUUUUCACGGCCUCGUGCCCUGCAGCCUUUGCACGCCGGAGACGAGUCCGCAGGCCUCGUCGCUGGCAGGGUCUCCGGCUCCGGAGAUUUUACGGUGCCGCCUGGCCGUCUCCUCUCUUUUUAAAAUCCCCAGCUCCAGAUUCGUGAGCUUAGUUCAAGUCUUCAUUACAAUCAAACGCAAAUAAAAAUUGUCCAGCACUGGGGGUGACAGAGAAAAGUUUAGAAACUUGACUUGAGUAAAGAAACCAGAAGUAAAUAAAACGAACCCAGAUCCCA